UGUGGUGAUAUUAAUUGAUAAUAGGGAAUGGGAGUUUUGACACUAGGCGCUGGCUUCCCUGAAAUGAGGCCCCCACCCUGCAGACAUGGCGAGUCCAACUGCCCACAGCCUCACCCUUGGCAACUCGGCUUCCUCUACCUUGGCCUCGGACUACUUGUCAUCGGAGCCGGUGGCAUAAGACCCUGCAACAUCUCCUUCGGCGCUGACCAAUUCGACACCAACACUGAAAAAGGCAGAGCCAAGCUGGAAAGCUUCUUAAACUGGUGGUAUCUCCUCUUCUCUGUCGCCCUCGUCAUAGCCCUAACCCUUGUCGUCUAUGUCCAAACCAGCAUAAGUUGGACCCUCGGCUUCGCCAUUCCCACCGCCUGCUUCGUCUUCUCCAUCCUCAUCUUUCUCUUGGGCCGCCGCUUUUACAUCUGCAAGACCCCUCAAGGCAGCGUCUUUGCCGACAUCGCGAAAGUCCUGGUCGCCACGUGUCGGAAGCGCAAUGUUCCAAAAUUCACUCAAAUUGAUCACUUUUUACAUGACCCUCCAAUGGAUUCCUCUAAGCUGUCUCACACGGACAGGUUUUUGGUAUUUGACAAGGCGGCUACGGUGGUUGAUUCCUCCACCGAAUUGGACGAACAGGGGAAAUCCAAGAACGAGUGGAAAUUGUGCAGUGUUCAUCAAGUGGAGCAAUUCAAGUGCGUUGUUGGGAUUGUCCCCAUUUGGGCAGCCGGAAUUCCAUGCUUUAUUUCAAUGCAACAAAUGGGUUCAUUUGGGAUUCUACAAGCCAUUCAAAUGAACAGAUUCAUCGGACCUCAUUUCCAAAUCCCACCGGCUUGGAUGAGUCUCACACCCAUGAUUGCUCUGUCCAUUUGGAUUUAUAUUUACGAGAAAUACGUGGAAUUCAUGAAGAAAAAAACCCAUAAAAACAAACGCUUCUCCCUGAAAACCAGGAUCGAAAUUGGGAUUGUGAUGUCGGUUUUAUGUAUGGUGGUUGCCGGAAUUCUCGAGAAUAUCCGCCGUAGCUCGGCAGAGGAAAAUAAGUCGUUUGUUUCACCGUUGCACGUUUGGAUGCUGAUACCGGAGUUUGCUCUGUCGGGUUUGACGGAGGCUUUCGCGGCAAUUGCUGUGAUGGAGCUUCUGACUACGCACUUACCGGAGAGCCUGAGGACGGUGGCCGGAGCUAUAUUUUUCUUGAGCUUGUCGUUAGGUAGCUAUAUGAGCUCUGUUCUUAUGGCUAUUGUGAGCAAAAUAAACAGAGUGGAGGGCGGAAAAAGUGGAUGGCUUGGAGGUAAUGAUCUUAACAAAAACCGCCUUGAUUACUUCUUCUACGUGGUGGGUGUCAUUGCGGCAUUCAAUUUCUUCUACUUCCGCUUCUUUGCCACUCAUUUCUUACCCAAACCGAACGUUUGAUCCACCGCAGAAGCCUCAUGA